AUGCGUUUCGAUAUCACUUCAAUUCUUCUCGCCAUGGCCACUUCCGUGGUAGCCGAUCGCCUCGAAGUCCGCACGAACUGCUUGUUUGGCGGAUGUGACAGUAAAGAGGGUACCUUCUUUACCGACUUUGCUUCUUAUUCAGUCGACGCCAGCGCAGGUUGUCGAGGCACCGGUGUCCCAGGCAUGACCGAGUUCUGCAUGGACUGGCCCAACAAGCGAGCACACUUCAAGUUCAGUCACCAAUCCAACAAGCGAUGCCUUAGAAUGGACACAGACGAGAAGAUCAGUUGUAGUGGAGGCUGGGAUUGCUUCAGGUCGACUUGGAAGGAAGUUGGAUGUAACUGGCGCGAGGUUCCUGUACCUGAUGCAGAAUUGGCGACUGCGUCAGAGCCUGCUGCUCCUGCCAAGACGGACGACAACUGA